CGACAUCACAUACUGGUAUUCGCAUGCGUAUUUACAGUAAAUGGUGGUCGACUGAAGACUCCACUCAAGUUCAGACUCGAUAGUUGUACGUAAGUAGCAUCGUGGCGUGAGAGUUUCCUGAUCUGACGUACAGAGAACACAUUUGACGCGCUCACCAAAAGUCUUAGUACUCCAUUGAAUAAACGCCUACAUAACUUAUCAUCUCUCAAAUACACCACCUUUCACGAAUAGAACCUCGUAUACUACAACAAACUGGCAACACACCAGAUGUAUAAGGACACAGCCAGCGGUAGCGUCAUGUCCCUCGUUGAUUGCAAAUUCUUAACACUGACAUGGCAUUCGGAAGAGGCCCCACUAUACCUGGUACCGAAUAGUGAAGGGACAGGAAAACGCCUCGUGCGCCGUCCACAUCCUCCACCCACAACCGCACCACUGCCAGACGACUUCGAUGCCAUCACCACACGCGCAGGGACAACAGUAUUUGACCAUGAUGAUUGGGGCGUAGACGGCUCCGUCCCGGAUGUGGAUUAUGACGAUAUGACAGUCCAGCAAGUUACCCCUACCAACGUGCCAGCCCAAUUACGAACUCCACGGAUACGAAGGAAUGCGAGCCCGACGAGGAGCAUGGGCCCUGUUGGCGCGCUGCGCACGGGGACGACCAACGGAUUUGGGAAGGGGAAAGCGAACAGUGUCGCGGGGGGGAUGGCAGAGGCUGCAAAGGCAGGAAAGGCGGGGAUGGCGUCUGGAAGGUACGAGCUGGUACAGCGCAAGGUGUUGGAGGAUGGACCGGAGCGAACGAUCUCGAUCUGGCGGGAAGGGGUCGCACAGAAUUCGGAUACUGGAGAGGGCGGGGACAAGGAAGUCGCCCAAAGCGAGGUGGAUAGUCACGUCGGGAGAAGACGCGUGAGCCCACAGAGUCGGGGACCCGGACAUAGCCUUGAGCUCAGUCUUUCGGGUUCGGCUACGAGCAACAUAAGUCCUUCAAAGCGGAAAGAUCGAGCGGGGCGGAAGUCCAUUGAUAUGACCGACAGUCCUCGCUCGCCUUUGAAGCGCAGCUUUUCCAAUGCCUCGUCGACUCAUCGCACGAACAUGACACGCACCAGCCCUUCCCAGUCUACGUCCCCUCAUUCGAAGCUUCCUAUCAGAAGAGAACACAAUCCCGACAUAUCCGAUCAAUCUACAGUGUACACGAGGGCGACCUCGACGUCAUCUAUCGAGACGGUCUUGUCGUCGUGUCAACCUUCGCUACUCCAUAUCGCACCUACCCUCGACAUCCUUGGCGUGCGGAGCGAUGAGCACCUGAGGGCUCUCGCCCGUAUGCGAGAGGAGACGAGGGAUCGCGAGGUAAAAGAGGAGGCGCUCAAGAAAGGCAUCACAGUUGUGGAGUGGGCGAUCUUGCUGGACAAGUUACAAAGCCUUUGAGUGUUUCCUCGUCACACGUCAUUUUCCGUUGAAAAAUGUUGCGCUACAUUUGCUAUCUGUUCGCAUUUGAAGUUUUGCUGAGAUACCACCGAUACCAUUAUCUGUC